AUGUUCAACUGUGAAAUAUCCCCUUUCAAGAACGAUCGUGAUGCGGCCACCCGUGUGCCCCAGGGCCGGUACUCAGUCGUGUGCGAGGUGCGGAACGACGGCAACGCCGUGAUCAACGAGGGCUUCUCGGCGUCGGCGGCCAUGCCGAACCCCAACACCGACAGCUCGAGCUGGUGCUGCGGCAGCACCUCCCCGAUCGGCAACACCAGGCCAACAGGCAACUUUACCCGGACGGUGAGCGCUGGGGCCUUCCAGGUGACAAACAACGCCCGUGGCGGCCUGCUGCCGCCGGCCCAGGUCACCGACCUGGUCAUGAGCGAACGCGCCUCGGACGGCGCCGUGGUCACCUGGACGGCGCCCGGAGCUGACCUGGAUCAAGGCACCGCAUACCGGUACCAGUUCAAGUGGUCUACCAAUGCGACCGACCUGUCGCCGACCCAGUUCGAUGCCAACGGCGAGGAGGUCAACAGCUCGCUGGUGGCGCCCCCGGAGAUCAGCGGCACCAUGCAGAACCUGACUUUGCCGGUGCCGUCCAACCUGGACACAGUCUACCUGGCCAUGCGCACGUUCGACCAGCAGGGGCACCGCAGCGCCGUCUCCAACACGGCGAUCCUGUACCUGGGCUCGGUGCCGUCUCCCCCGAACGACGAUGGCCUCUCUGCCGGCGCCAUCGUCGGCAUCGUCAUCGCCGCCGUCGUCCUGCUGGCGGUGGCUGUGGUGGGGGCGCUUAUGGUGCGGCGCCGGCGGCGCGUCAUGACGUUGUGACGCGCCACGGCGAGAGAGUCAAAGGAGAGAGACCACUGAUAUGGUGGACGAUGACGAGAGGCAGAAACGUAGCUCGAGAGUAGUGAAGUAGCUUCCCAUUACGAAUAGUCGCUGCCGGAGCUCGAUGGUAGGGUGGUCAACAAUGCCUGGGAUAGUGCCGCGUGAUGAAACGCUGCUCCAAGCGCUCCGUCACUGUGUCCCUGUUGAUGGUGUAAGACCGUACGCCGGUAAUGGUAUCGCAUACAAAAGAAGAUUACAGCAGAUGUUUAUCACCGGCUUGUUGUCUUGCUUGUUGCUAACAAAAUUACCUCGUACAUGAGCUAUCAAAUGUUUGUAUGGGGAUAGUUUUGAGCGAAAUAUAAUUCGUGUGAUCGCG